UCCUGCUUUAUGUGACAAGCGUGUGAGUGCAUGUGUACACAGAGACGUGGGAGUCGUGCUGAUCGUCUGUGAAGAACUUUACGGAUAGCUUUUCAACAAUGGAUCAACAACAUUUUUUUAUUGUCAAAUUCCCUGGAGGAGACAACGACGUUGCUGUGCUGCACUCAACUUGGGCUGAAGAUGGGCACUGUUGGUGGCCACCAGAGAGGAUUUCCAACAAACUGCGAUCUAUGAUUGUUAGGGGACACGCCCCAUUGCAGAGCUGGAACAAAGUCGAAUGUUCUGUAAUUGAUAGAUUCUGUACAUACGAAGAAGCACGCAGAAAACUCCCUCAUGCCGAGCAUACCUCGGAUCUGCAGUCCGAUGUUGACUCACGUCGACUUAGAAAGAAACGAAGCCGGUUAACCAGUAGCACCGAUUCUGACAGCAGUGAUGGAGAACUUGAACUUCCACCACCUCCAGACAUAACAAACUCAGUGAAGCGUGCACAGCAAGAAGCUCGCAAACCACCCUGCCCACCAGGAGCUGCUGUACCUUCCGGUCCCUCUGAAGAUUACUCUGGGGAAUGCACAGUUCUGUCACAGGAUAUAAGUCAUGGAUAUCAAGCUUCCAGCAACUAUGCAAGGCACGGUUUAGUACUUCAAGAACAUGCGUCGUCCCAGCAACUCGGCCAGCACGCAGGUGGCUUUCAACAAGGCGCUGCAUCAUCACCUUGGAGUCCCUUUCUUGGAGAAGGCAGAGGAUAUGUCGGCGAAAACAACUCUAUUGGACCGCAGGGACCAACUGUACAGCAGGGAUACCACUGUGGAUAUGUAUGCUCGUGACAGCCGUGUUGUAUAUGGUGCCCCCUUCUCGGAAUACCAAUCUCCAACAUCUGAGACUAGUAAUGCAAGGCGCUUUUGUCCGGUCAGUAACAUCGCGCCUAUGGUCCACAGAGAAGAAAUGCGCAAGUCGCAGCACAGGUUGCAGCCCAGUGCACUUGUCCAGCAUAGCUACAGCACUUCCAUUGCUUGUUGUACUACAUUGGAGACAGUGCAGGAUUUGAAAACGAGGUUCUCCGGCUAUUGCAUGUGAUAAAAAUCGCCCAAGAGGACCAGACAUCUCAAUUGAACACUGUCACAUCUGCCCUGGAGCGUCAAACUGUGCAGGCGGCCCUUGACGAGUACAAUGCUCUGGAGCCAUAUGAAGAACUAGAUCAGUUUCUGGCAUUCGAUCGCUGUCUUAAGCAUGAGAAGGAAAUGAAAAAGUCGUUGGCCAUGCUGCAAUAGUAUUGGGGAACGAACACCAAGGGUGCUACACUGAG